AUGAGCUGCCUAAGGAAAGUACAAAAUCAGCCCCUCUGUUGGUUUCGGCAAUCAUCGUUUUCCUUUGUAUACUAUUCCCCACUGCAGAUUCCCCUUUGCAGAUUCCCCACUGCAGAUUCCCCACUGCCUGAUUCCCCACUGCCUGAUCCCCCAUUGCCUGAUUCCCCACUGCCUGAUUCCCCACUGCCUGAUUCCCCACUGCCUGAUUCCCCACUGCCUGAUUCCCCACUGCCUGAUUCCCCACUGCCUGAUUCCCCACUGCCUGAUUCCCCACUGCCUGAUUCCCCACUGCCUGAUUCCCCACUGCCUGAUUCCCCACUGCCUGAUUCCCCACUGACUGAUUCCCCACUGCCUUAUUCCCCACUGCCUGAUUCCCCACUGCCUGAUUCCCCACUGCCUGAUUCCCCACUGCCUGAUUCCCCACUGCCUGAUUCCCCACUGCCUUAUUCCCCACUGCUUGAUUCCCCACUGCCUGAUUCCCCACUGCCUUAUUCCCCACUGCCUGAUUCCCCACUGCCUGAUUCCCCACUGCCUGAUUCCCCACUGCCUGAUUCCCUACUGCCAGAUUCCCUACUGCCCACACCCUCGCAGCCGUGCUGCCUGCCGUCGCCCAUCCCUGGCCCUUCCACCAACCUCGCCCAUCCCCUUUGCAUGCCCCACCCAUACCUCGGCACUAACUUGGCUCCGGCUGCUCGGUAUGCCAUGUGCGAAUCUGAUUUCGCGUACCAACGGAUCCAUGACUCAUCCCCAUUUGCCCCAUGCCUUGUCCACACCCUCCUCCCCAAUUUCCUCCUCGCUCUCCGCGUGGAGGAUCUCGACGUGGAGAUCGCGGAGGCGCGGAUGGACAGCAGCCCUUCUCGUGCACGUCUCCGCCCUCUUGUCACGCACUCGCACCUCCCACCUCUCUUUGCGUAUCCGUUCCCCACCCGCUCUCUCCGCGUGCCGCGUGUCCCGUCGGUUGCGCGUGCUGCUCCCCCUGUCCGCCUCUGCUUGACGCCGCGGGCAGUGCGGGUUUGCAAAGGAGCACAGCGGCCGCGGCCACAGUCUCAACCUACCAGCCCCCAUUCCUCUCUGCUGGCAGGUUCUACCGACUUUCAAUGA